CUGGACAGAGGUCUGGAGCUGGAGACUCUAAAGGCAGACUAGGGAGGUAGUAGUGGGAGGACAAGAUCAGACUGGGUCCUGGAAUGAGACUCAACUCUGCCACUGACUCCAUUGGCCUCAUCACCUCUCCUUGGCUCAUGGGGCCUGAUGGACUCUGAGGGGCUGUGAGUGGUGAGAAGAAAGCAGAGGUUAGGGUGGCAGGAGAGAAGAAAGACAAAUAGAGACUUAUGGGGAGGGAGAGAGAAACUCAGAGAAAAAGACCUUGUGCCUUAGGGAGAAAGAGAUAGAAAGACAGGAGGAAGGAGAGUGGAAGGGACUUAGGGCAGGGAGGGAGAUAGAAAGACAGAAGGGGAAAGAGAGGGAAACACAGACUCAUGGGAGGAGAAAAAAUCAGAGAAAGAAAAAGAGAUAGAUGGCAAAAGAGAGACAAAGAGAAAAGCAAGGGGCAGAGACAUAGGGAGAAGGACUCCUACAGAGAGAAAGCCACAGGCAGAUGCAGGAGGCAAGCAGUGGGUAUUGCAGAAGUCAGAGGCAGACGACAUGGAAGGGCCCUGAGGAUCCCCGUCCAGGCUCCCCUGCUCUUCAUGGGGCUGCUGACCACAGGCCUGGCCCAGUUGCAGAUUCCUGCUUCAACCUCCAGAGGUUUCUGGGCUCUGCCUGAAAACAUGACAGUGGUGGAGGGGGCUGCUGCUGAGCUUCUGUGUGGAGUCAGUGCCCCUGGCAGUGUAGUGCAAUGGGCCAAAGAUGGACUACUCCUAGGCCCUGAUCCUAGGAUCCCUGGCUUCCCACGGUACUACCUGGUAGGGGACCCUACUAGAGGUGAAUUCCACCUGCAUAUUGAAGCAUGUGACCUCAGUGACGAUGCAGAGUAUGAGUGCCAGGUCAGCCGCUCAGAGACAGGGUUGGAGCUCGUGUCCCCCAGAGUGAUCCUCUCCAUUCUGGUGCCCCCCAAGAUGCUUCAGAUGACCCCUGAGGCAGGGAGCACAGUCACGUGGGUAGCUGGGCAGGAGUACGAGGUCAGCUGUGUAUCUGGGGAUGCAAAGCCAGCACCUGACAUCACCUUCCUUCAAAGUGGACAAAUAAUUUCUGACAUUACUGCUAAUGUGGACGAGGGAUCCCAGGAGAAACUCUUCACCACAGAGGCCACAGCAAGAGUGACACCACAGAGCUCGGAUAAUGGGCAGUUACUGGUCUGUGAGGGGUCCAGCCCAGCUUUGAACGCCCCUAUCAAGGUCUCAGUCACCAUGAAUGUUCUGUUCCCCCCAGGCCCCCCCGUGAUUGAGUGGCCAGGCCUGGACGAGGGGCACGUGCGGGCAGGGCAGAACCUGGAGCUGUGGUGCAUGGCCCGAGGAGGAAAUCCACCAGCCACACUGCAGUGGCUGAAGAAUGGCCAGCCCAUGCCCACAGCAUGGGGCAUGGAGCAUGCUCAGGCAGUGGCCAGAAGCAUGCUAGUAAUGAUGGUGCGGCCAGAAGACCAUGGGACGAGGCUCAGCUGUGAGGCCCACAACAGCGUAUCUAAAGGGAUCCAGGAACGUGGGGUCACACUACAGGUUACCUUUCCCCCCAGUGCCAUUACUAUCCUGGGAUCUGCAUCCCAAUCUGAGAACAAGAACGUGACCCUGUCCUGCAUCACCAAGUCCAGUCGCCCACGGGUCCUGCUGCGAUGGUGGCUGGGCUGGCGGCAGUUGCUGCCCACAGAGGACACUGUAAUGGAUGGCCUUCAUGGUGGCUACAUCUCCAUGUCCAACCUGACGUUCCUGGUACGACGGGAGGACAAUGGUUUGACGCUCACCUGUGAGGCCUUUAGUGAGGCCUUCACCAAGGAGACCUUCAAAAAGUCACUCACCCUGAAUGUGAAAUAUCCUGCCCAGAAACUGUGGAUUGAGGGGCCCCCAGAGGGGCAGCUGCUCCGGGCUGGGACCCGGGUGAGGCUGGUGUGUUUGGCCAUUGGAGGCAACCCAGACCCCUCCCUCACCUGGUACAAGGACUCGCGCAUGGUGACUGAGCCGCGGCUGCCGCAAGAGCCGCGCCGCGUGCAGCUGGGAAAUCUGGAGAAGUCGGGGAGCAUCGUCUCUCGUGAGCUAGUGCUGGUCACGAGUCCGUCGGACAACCAAGCCAAGUUCACGUGCAAGGCGGGCCAGCUCAGCGCAUCCAUGCAGCUCGUGGUGCAGUUUCCCCCAACUAACUUGACGAUCCUGGCCAACGUGUCAGUGCUGCGCCCUGGGGAUGCCUUAAACUUGACUUGCGUCAGCGUUAGCAGCAACCCUCCGGUCAACUUGUCCUGGGACAAGGAAGGGGAGAAGCUGGAAGGCAUAACUUCACCACCCCGGAGCGCCCCAUUUAAAGGCUCUGCCGCCGCCAGGAGUGUCCUUCUGAGAAUAUCAUCCGGGGACCACGGCCACCGUGUGACUUGUCGUGCCCACAGCACCAGGCUACGGGAAACCGUGAGCGCCUUCUACCGACUCAACGUGCUUUACCCUCCAGAGUUCCUGGGGGAGCAGGUUCUUGUGGUGACUGCAGUGGAGCAGGGUGAAGCACUGCUGCCUGUGUCGGUGUCUGCCAACCCAGCCCCAGAGGCCUUCAACUGGACCUUCCGUGGCUACCGCCUCAGCCCAGCUGGCGGGCCCCGGCAUCGCAUCCUAUCUAGUGGAGCUCUGCAGCUAUGGAAUGUGACCCGUGCUGACGAUGGCCUCUAUCAGCUGCACUGCCAGAACUCGGAGGGCACUGCUGAAGCUCUAGUGCGGCUGGAUGUACACUAUGCUCCCACCAUCCGAGCUCUCCAGGACCCAACUGAGGUGAAUAUUGGGGGUUCUGUAGACAUAGUCUGUACCGUUGAUGCCAAGCCCAUCCUUCCGGGGAUGUUCAACUGGGAGAGACUGGGAGAAGAAGAGGAGGACUGGAGCCUGGAUGACAUGGAGGAACUGUCAAGGGGGUCCACAGGGCGUCUUCGGAUUCACCAUGCCAAGCUGGCUCAGGCAGGUGCUUACCAGUGCAUUGUGGACAAUGGGGUGGCACCUCCAGCCCGAGGGCUGGUCCGUCUUGUCGUCAGAUUUGCUCCCCAGGUAGAACACCCCACUCCCCUAACUAAGGUGGCUGCAGCUGGAGACAGCACCAGUUCUGCCACACUCCACUGUCGUGCUCGAGGUAUACCCAACAUUGUCUUCACUUGGACUAAAAACGGGGUCCCUUUGGAUCUCCAGGAUCCCAGGUACACAGAGCACACGUACCACCAGGGUGGAGUCCAUAGCAGUCUUCUGACAAUUGCCAAUGUUUCUGCAGCCCAGGAUUAUGCCCUCUUCACAUGCACAGCCACGAACCCCCUCGGCUCAGACCAUACCAACAUUCAACUCGUCAGCAUCAGCCGCCCUGAUCCUCCAUCUGGGGUAAAGGUCGUGAGCAUGACCCCAUACUCAGUGGGGCUGGAGUGGAAGCCUGGCUUUGAUGGGGGUUUGCCACAGACCUUCCAAAUCAGGUAUGAGGCUCUGGAGACCCCAGGGUUCCUCUACAUGGAUGUCCUACCACCCCAGGCCACCACCUUCACACUGACUGGGCUGCAGCCUUCUACACGAUACAGGGUCUGGCUGCUGGCCAGCAAUGCCCUGGGGGACAGUGGACUAGCAGACAAAGGAUCCCAGAUCUCUAUCACCACCCCAGGUCUAGACCAGCCUCCUGAAGAACCUGACUACCAGCUGCCCACAGAGCAGCCUGUAGGCUUCUCGGAGCUGCCCCUGAUGCCUGUACUAUUCGCUGUUGGGGGUCUUCUGCUGCUUUCUAAUGCUUCCUGUGUUGGGGGAUUCCUCUGGCAGCGGAGACUGAGGCGUCUUGCUGAGGGCAUCUCAGAGAAGACAAAGGCAGACUCAAAGGAGGACCGAAUCAGGAAUGACUAUGAAGAAAGCCAGUGGACUGAAGACCUGGACAACCGAAGCUCCACGGUUAACACAAAAGAUAUGGAGCCAUAUUACCAUUCCAUGAAGGAUUUCAGCCCCCAGCUGCUAUCAACACUGGAGGAGGUAUCUCGUCCUAGAGGUUUCACAGGUCUUGAAGAGGAGAAUUUGGUCUUUCCUGGGCACUUGUAUGAUGAGGUGGGAAGACUGAACACCCCAUCUGGAACGUGGGGACCCCUCUAUGAUGAAGUACAGUUGGGCCCCUGUGGCCUCUGCUGGCCUGAGGAUGAAUAUGAGAAUCCAAAAGGAAUCUACAAUCAGGUGGCAGGAGACGUGGACCCAGUGGAAAUGGAUUCUCUACCCUUUGAGCUGAGGGGACAUCUGGUGUAACAGGAUUCUCAACACUCUUUUCCUACACCUGCAGGACAUAGCGUUUCAGUGGUCCUUUUCAUUUUAGUCUGGGAUGAGCUUGUUAAAUGAGCUCUAAAAGACACAAAGGAACUGGACUUUUUCAGGAAAGGACAUGGAGAUAUGUGUGUCAGUGACAAAAAAAGGAUUCAAGCUGGUGUCAAAGUAUAAACAAAGCUCCUCCUUGGGUCAGCUUUAGAAAUUAAACUCCAAAGGGACACAAUGAAUUGUAAAAGACAUUUUAAUAAUGAAAAGUUAUUAUGAGGGUUUUAAUGUUUUUUCAGAAAUAUGAAAAGAUAUAUUAAAAACAGUUCAUUUAGAGUUUAACUACAUCUGAAAUAGCUAAUAAUAAGUGGAAUUUAUGGACUAUUGUUGUAUCCUACUUGUUUUAUUAUUUUCCAGUUAUCUAAAAUAUGAUGUAUAAACUAUGACACACUUGUAAACAUAAAUAGAUGAAAAUAGACUAAACACAAAAGAAUAUAUAUUGUGUGAUUUCACUUACAGAAAUUCUAAAAUAGGUGAAGUUAUCUAUGAUGAGCAGAUCAGUGGUUGUCUGGAGCCAUGAAAAGGGAAUUGACUCUAAAAGGCCAUGGGGGAAUGUUUUUUGAGGGGGUGAUAAAAUGUUCCAUAUCAUGAAUGUGGUGGCAGUUACAUGGGUGUAUAGAUUUGUCAAAGAUCAUUAAACUAUGCAAUUAAGAUGAGUGCAUUUUGUGGUACAUACCUCAAUACCUUGGUACCUCAGUAAAGGUGACUUUAUAAACAGGCUCCAUAGUAAAGCAGCACAGCAACAUAAAUUUUAUUCUUUAUAUUGAAUAGCAGAAAAAGAUAACUGAGAGAUCUAUUUCCAUGGGAGAUGGACAAAAUCUUUCUGUAGGGGGUCUUCACUCCUACUUUAUUAAUAAUCUCAUCAAAAACUGUCCUGGCCAGGCUGGUUCACUGAGUUGGAGUAUCAUCCCUUAACUGAAGAGUUGCGGAUUUGAUUCUGGAUCAAGGUGCAUACCUAGGUUGUGUGUUUGGUCUCCUGUCCAGGUGCAUACUGGAGGCAACCAAUUGAUGCUUCUCUCUUGCAUUAAUGUUUCACUAUCUCCCUUCCUGUCUCCCUCUAAAAAGCAAUGAGAAAAUGUCCUCAGGUGAGGAAUAAUAAUGAGUAUAAUAGUAGUAAUAAUAAUAAUAAUAAA